AUGGCCUCUCCAUCCGCCGAGGUCGACAUCACCUUAGACGGUCUUGAAUCCAUCAACGUUCCAACCAACCAACAACCUUCCGAAUCGCUUCAACCAUCGAAUCCAACAAUGGAAGCAGCUAUGGAUACAUCUAAAGAUGAUGAAGAGCCUGAUAUCGGCCCUAUCUUCCCUGACCAUUACUACGGUGAUGGGAAGAUUCCGGUCUUCAAGCCGACUAUGGAGCAGUUCAAAUCCUUUUACAAAUUUAUCCAAAAGAUUGAUCACUAUGGGAUGAGGUCGGGGAUUGUGAAAGUCGUCCCUCCAAAGGAAUGGAUCGACUCCCUUCCUGCCCUUGAUGAAAAGGUCAAAGAUAUCAAGAUCAAAAAUCCAAUCGAGCAACAUAUCGCGGGCAGCACCGGCUCCAGUGGUACAGGAAUCUUCAAACAAGAGAACCUUCAACGCCAAAAGACAUAUAACCUCCCUCAAUGGCGAAAUCUUUGUGAUUCAAGUGACCAUCAACCACCAGCCAAGAGAGGAGAACGUCGAAAAAACCAGGAGUUUAAACCGAAGCCUAAGCCUAAGCCGACUAGGACGACGCGAAGGAGCACAACUGCGGCGGCGGAGGAAAGCUCAGAACAGACUCAGAGGCCACUUACCCCUCCUCCUGGUGAUGAGACACCUGUUGCUGGAACCCCUUCAAAGGACGAGGAAGAUACCAUGGAAGCUCCCUCCUCCGUUUCUAAGAAAAAGAAGGGCAGACAACCUCAACCAAGGCCAAAACGAGUCUAUAUUCGUAAAACGAAGGAGGAAAUGGAGGAGGCUGCUGCAGAAGCUGCGGAAAUCUGGAACGGGUUCGACUAUCGAUUUCCUGCUGCCGCGGAGUUUACCCAGGAAAGAUGUGAGGAACUUGAGAAGCACUACUGGCGAACAUUGACAUACAACAACCCUCUAUACGGAGCCGAUAUGCCUGGCUCUUUGUUCGACGAGACGACGACCUCCUGGAACGUUGCGAAACUAGAAAACAUCCUGGAUUGUUUAGGGGCCAAAUUGCCCGGUGUCAAUACUGCCUACCUGUACCUCGGCAUGUGGAAGGCGACCUUCUCAUGGCAUCUCGAAGACGUUGAUCUCUACUCGAUUAAUUAUAUCCACUUCGGCGCGCCGAAGCAGUGGUAUUCAAUCAGCCAAGAAGAUGCACCCAAAUUUCACGCGGCAAUGAAAAGUAUCUGGCCGGGUGAGGCCAAGAAAUGCGACCAGUUCCUCCGACAUAAAACCUUUCUGGCAUCCCCGUCAUUCCUAGAAUCCCACCAUGGCAUCAAGGUGAAUAAACUCGUACAUCAUGAAGGAGAGUUCGUCAUUACUUUCCCAUACGGGUAUCAUGCUGGUUACAAUUUGGGAUACAACUGCGCGGAGAGUGUCAACUUUGCAACGGAAGCUUGGUUGGACUAUGGACGAAAGUCAAAGAGAUGCGAGUGCAUUGAUGAUGCCGUUUGGGUUGAUGCAGACGAGAUCGAGAGGAAGCUGAAAGGCCUCCCUACGGAAGACGAGUGGUCUUCUGAGGACGAGGACGUUGAUAGCGACGACGAACCUACUGAUCUCCCUACACCUCCCGAAAGCGUCGAGGGUGACGGAGCGAAGAAGCCGAAGCGCCCCAAGUCGAGCAAUAAGAGAAAGACGGAUGGUGAGGGCGGCCGAAUGGUUAAAAAGAUUAAGGUCAAGUUCGGCACGCAGAAAACUCCGCCCUGCGUUCUUUGUCCGAAUGAAGCCCAGCAUGAGGAGCUACUCACCACAGACGAAGGAAAGAAAGCUCACAGAUUAUGUGCCAUGUACAUCCCAGAGACCUUCUUCACGACGGACCCGGAAACGAACGAAGAGAAGAUUUCGAAUGUUUCGGCCAUACCUACCGCCAGGUCGAACCUCAAGUGUUACUACUGUCGUGCCAAGGGUGGUGCUUGCUUCCAGUGUUCAGAAACCAAAUGUGUCCGAGCUUAUCAUCCGACUUGCGCGGCACAGGCGGGUGUCCUGGUCCAAAAUGUACUGUUAGCCUCGGAACCCGACGGUUCUGGCCAGGAGGCAACAGCACCACAAACUGAGCUCGACUUCCGGUGUCGAUUCCACCGGCCUAAGAGACCGAAGGACCAUACUCCUGACGUUCUUGAGGAAGACCAGAUCAUUAUGGAAUUCGCCAAGAAACUUCAGCCAGGACAGGUCGUUCAAUUCCAGCUAUAUCUUGGGGAAAUGUGUGCGGGUAUCGUACGACAGAACCGGGCAUCGGAGCAUAUGUUGCUUUUGGAGAUGUUACCGAAAGGGAACCCCUUCGAAUUGGAAUGGAAAUAUGUUCUACCGUCGUCUAUUAUGAACACGGCCCCGAUUGUCAAGACGAAGAAGUCGCGGGCUUCGGUUCCUAGCGUCAGAACAGAUGCUAAAGGGAAGAGAGUUGCCGUUGAACCUAGGAAAACGGACUUCUACGCUGACAAGCCGCAAGUGGGUGAUCAAUUUCUCCCCGGUACCACUAAGUAUACAUGGCAGGAAUUUGGGGACUUUGCUGUUCCUCCCAACCCACACCAAGAACCUGCAGUGAAAAUCUGGUAUUAUGUCGGGGAACAAUCCACCGAGAAUAUCCCAUCCUGGACGAAAGAUCCUAGUGUACGUGUAGGCGAUAAGGAUGCCGUUGAACCGCAUCUACAGCGAAGAAGCGGUAAUGGCGAGGGUCCUUGUUAUAUGACACAAGCAGAGGAACGGGCCAAGGCAGAGGCAUCCCUAGCAGCCCAGCAGCGUGCAGGGUACUACCAGCCACUGCCGGCCCAACAAACACAACCAGGGCAUCCAAGUGGAAAACCAGUUCCCCAGCCUUUCCAUACGCCUAAUUGGCGACAACCUCCUCCAGCACAGCCUGCGGGACCUAUUGCUAGUACGAGUAGCGGACAGAGAUUUGUUGUUGCUUCUGCGAAUAAUGGACGUAGAGUGUUCUAUAGUCCCCUUCAACCAACAACUUUUCAGAACUACCAAGGCACCACGCAUCGUGUCAGCUACAAACCUUCAACUCCAACUCCAAUCCCCUCCUCCUCUCCUGGCCCUCCCAACCCAAAACCAGCCUCCCAAACCAAUCCCGGGAUGUCUGGGACUCCGACUCUAGGGCCGAAUCCCUACUCGGCCAACCCUCAGCAACACCCAAGUGCCCCAACCCAGCACGCUCAACAACCUCGCGCGACGCCUUCUUAG